AUGGGGGCCAGACUGCUCUGCCUGUGCCUCCUCGCAGCCCUCCUCGGCUACUACAUCUACAGCCCGCUCCCCGAGGACCUGGCCCAGCCCUGGACUGUGAUGCUCGCCUCGGCUGCCUUGAGAGCCCUGGGGCACCUGUCCGAGGCAGCUGAUAUGCUGGGGCUCAUGCACUACAUGGAGGUCUUGAGGCUGUUCACAGCUGUCGAGCUCGUCGCUCCCACGUCCGAUGAAAACGUCACCGUGACAGCCACAGAGUUCAACAGCGUCCCUGUCCGCCUGUACCUGCCCAGGAGGGCACCUGGCGGGCUCAGGAGGGCCAUGGUCUACUUCCACGGAGGGGGGUGGUGCCUGGGAGAUGCAGGCAUGCACGGCUACGACCACAUGGCACGGCGCAUUUCAAACGAGCUAAAUGCUGUCGUGGUGUCAGUCAACUACAGGCUGGCCCCUCCUCACCAUUUCCCUGUCCAGUUUGAAGAUGUGUACUCGGUGACCAAGUUCUUCCUCCAGAGCGAGGUCCUGUCCCAGCACGGGGUGGACCCUGCUCGGGUCUGUGUGGCUGGGGACAGUGCUGGGGGCAACCUGGCUGCAGCCGUGGCACAACAGCUGUUGGAGGACCCUGAAGUGAAAACCAAGCUGAAAGCCCAAGUUCUGAUCUACCCUGCUCUGCAGGCACUGGACCUGAACCUGCCCUCGUACCAGGAUAACGCCCACAAGCCGAUCCUGCCGCGCUCGCUCAUGGUCAGGUUCUGGAGCGAGUACUUCAGCUCGGACCCCGCUCUCAGGGAGGCCAUGGCCUCCAACAGCCACGUGCCGCCCGAGGCCGGCCAGCUGUGGCACUUUGUCAACUGGAGCCUCUGGCUGCCCGAGGACAUGAGGAAGGAUCACAGGCCCGGCGGCCCCGGCCUGGGAGGCGCGGAGCUGGCCCGGCGCUACCCGGGGCUGCUGGACCCGCGGGCGUCCCCGCUGCUGGCCAGCGAGGCCCGGCUGCGCCGCCUGCCCCCGGCCCUCGUGCUGACCUGCGAGCACGACGUGCUGCGGGACGACGGCGCCAUGUACGCGGCCCGGCUCCGCGCCGCCGGCGUGCCCGUCACGCACCACCACGCCAAGGACGCCUUCCACGGCGCCGUGACCUUCCUGGCCGGGCCGCUGGAGCUGGCCCUGGGCCACCGCCUGCUCCGCACCUGCCUGGACUGGCUGCAGGAGAACCUGUGA